AUGUAUGAAACAAACGACUCCAAUAUGGCGAAUGUGAGGGAUAGUGAUACGUCGUUGUGGCUUCAUAACAAGCUUGGAACGUCAAAUGAUAGCUGGACUGGAAGUUCAAUUUGUUCACAACUUAACGCAGAAGUACUGCGGAAUAUUAAAGACUGUUUUCCAGAUCUUCAAACGCAAGUUAAACUUAAAUUACUUCUUUCAUUUUUUCACAUACCGAGACGGAAUGUUGAGGAGUGGCGUGUUGAAUUGGAAGAAAUUAUCGAGGUGGCAUCAUUGGACAGUGAGUUAUGGGUAUCAAUGUUAUCCGAAGCGAUGAAAACAUUUCCCUCAACGGGUUCUUUGAAUACAGACAUCACAGAUUUAGAUGAGCAUAGGCCUAUCUUUGGAGAACUAGUCAAUGACCUUCGAAAACUUUUAAAAAAGCAAAAUGAUCCGGCUAUGCUUCCAUUGGAAUGUCACUAUCUUAAUAAGACUGCACUUACUUCAGUGGUUGGUCAACAACCUACACCAGUUAAGCAUUUCACCCUAAAAAGAAAACCAAAAAGUGCUGCAUUAAGAGCAGAGUUGCUUCAAAAGAGUACAGAUGCAGCAAGUAAUUUAAAAAAGAGUACAGCUCCUACAGUGCCUGUGAGGAGUAGAGGAAUGCCUAGAAAAAUGACUGAUACAACACCUUUGAAAGGCAUUCCCAGUAGAGUUCCUACAGGUGGUUUUCGGUCUCCUUCGCUUACAAGUUCUUCAAUGCCUAAUAGAACACCUCUUAGUAAUAGAAUGCGUAAAGAUGGUGGUAUUAAACUGUUAGAUAUUAAUGAACAACCACUUGGCUAUGCUCAAGCGAAAAAACGAAAGAGAAUGAUGGAAUUGGAAGAACAACAAAAAAAAGUUGCAGAAGCUCAAGCAGCAGCUGCUGCUGCAGCAUCGACGACUACGACUACAACAGAAACAUCAACUACACCAGAAUAUGCACAGGGUUUAACUUCAAUUAAUCCACCUGCUACUCCAAUCACCCCAGUGACAUCUGUACAGUCUUAUGUAACACCUACUACUCCGAGUGGAGUAUCAGCAGUAACGACACCACAAACCCCUACAACACCAAGUACACCAGCAACUCCAAGUACAGUUCUACCUGUUGCGACACCAACGGUUAUUACACCAGUGGAAAGUACACCUGUUGGAGUGCAAACAGUUCGACCAGCUCAAACAGUUACGCAGAUUCGUAUACAAACUACCGCACAACCUGCUAAUGCGGCCGCAAAUACAAGAAAGGGCUUGUCCCUUACGCGAGAACAAAUGUUGGAAGCACAAGAAAUGUUUAGAACAGCUAACAAAGUAACUCGACCGGAGAAAGCUCUUAUUCUCGGUUUUAUGGCUGGCUCGAGGGAUAAUCCUUGCCCAAAAUUGGGUAAUAUAGUCACAGUAAUGCUCUCAGAGAACAUAGAAGAAGUGACUCAACCGGAUGGAACAACCGUACCCAUGUUAGUUGAGACUCAUUUCCAAAUGAAUUAUACAAACGGCGAAUGGAAGAGGAUAAAAAAAAAUCGCCGAAUUGUUACAGAAGAAUCGGCGUCCGCUACAACCCCUACCCCCAGUGCAACUGCAAAGGCUUCCAAUUAG